GUUUGGGGCGUGGCUUCAGUAGCAGGCUGAGCCAAAGGAUGUUUAGCCGGUGUGGAAAAAGAAACUCGGAUUCCUUUACAAAAGUGCAAGUAAAAUUCAAAAACUUGCCAAAAUAUAGACACAGACAAAGGGGUAAAACAAGUGUGAACCGUGUUUUACAAGACGGAGGACUUUAAUGCAGUGUUUGUGUUUUAAUCGAUACGACUAACUUGUGGAGUCGACAGUGGGGGAGUUUAUUCAGCGGCUCACACGAGGGGACGAGACAGCAGCAACCUCCCCUCACCUGCCUGCUCGCCCCUCUCCCAUCCUCCUUUCCUCCAUCACAGAGAUGCUGCUCUGAACAGGACCGGAAAUUCAUCCCAAAGCUGGAGGAGCUGAUCCAUAUUGGUGGCUUUUUUCCAUAAAGACUGCUUAAGGAUUUUUCGGGACAAGAAACAUGCCAGUAUGGAUUACUCAAAUCCUGGCCAAACAAAAGGACGCAACACUCUUGGGAGGAAGAAGAGAGAGAAAGAGGGAUGACACGCCUCUCCCUCAUACCUGACUUUCUUUCUUUGAGAGUCUGAUGCUCUUCUCUUUUUUUUUCUCACGUCCCAACGGCUUUGUCACACUUGUGGCGACUGAAGGGUGUGUUUAUGUAGGAUGCUGUCUAGUUGAGGAAUACUUUUGAGACUGUUGCGCUAUUUAUUAAUUUUUUUCCUGAAAUCUUUCCCUCUAAGUCUCGCACAAACUCUCUGAGGUUGUUUCAGGUGAAAUACGGCAAUCUUCUGUGUUUGCAUGAGUGUGUGUGGUAACAUUUGACCCGUCUGUGUAUGUGGGCGGACGAGGGCGACGCCUGUUAGCGUCUCAGAGCGCGCUCAGUCUGUCUGGCACGUUACUGCAGCAUGAAUGGCUAGCCUGCAAUCUCAAACAGCAGGGUGCGUGAAACAACACCGGCCCUUUGACAGUUUAAUGAGGUUAAAGCUGUCCGCCGUCUUGAAGCGUGUUCAUGUCAGAAACUGUUUGGUUUGAGAGCCAACAUUUGGACAAAUAGUUCUGUAGUUCAAUAAUGAGCAGUGCUUAAGUCAAAGCUUUUUUUGGUGAUAGUUUUGGAAUUUUCCUCAGAAACUAAGCAAGAAGGGAUGAGAAAGUGUGAAGUAGACAGAAGGAGGAAAGAAAAAGCUAAGUACAACAGCUAAGAACAACUAGCUACACACUGCUUCUUUUGUAAAGACUGCUGCCUCAGAUUUGAGCACGCAAUUGGAUGAAGAUUUAUAUGCACCUUUGGACAACUCAGCUUUCUAACAAAGUGUGCUCGCAGAACCACAAAGCGUUUGUUAAACCGAAUGUCUGAUAAUUACAUUUCGCAACCCACUGAGCUCCAAAGGCACCCAACUGGUAUCUUAUUAAGAAAGAUAUUGAUUUCUAUGUGACAGAGCGCCAGUGAUCACUAUUAAGGGCUUGUGUUAUUUAAUUGAAUUUUCCGUCAUUGAUAUAAAUUUUAGCUGUUGAGGAAUUGGGUUAAUAAUAACUGUGAUGUACAGAGCUUUACUACAAAAUAAAUAUAAAUGCAUAAUAGUUGUUCUUUUUAGAAACAAAAUUCAAUGUAUAUGAAGCCGCUCCUUCGAAUGUAUCCUGCUUAGUUGGAUCUGGUGGCGUUUGGUGUCCUGAGCGAGUAUAAAGUGUCACAGAUGGGCGGCCAGUCGAGUGAAGGAUGUUUGCUGUUGUUCGCACCUAAGCAGAAGCGUUUAACAAGUGUAUGUAGGAGUGCGUGGGAUUGAAUUUUCCUCAAGCGUACUGACUCUUUCACCUCGCGCUUUCAUGUGCAACCAGUUUUCACCAAUUCAUCCAGUGUGAAACACGCAUGUUUAUCCGACUGAAUGCGAUGCACGCUACACAGUUCAGAGUCUUCGAGAGAUGAGACACUGACAAGAAACACCUACGUGAAUAUAGAAACUCAAGCAGAAGUUCAAAGCGAAAAGCUACCAGUGAAAGCGGAACAGGUGGAAAAGCACAAAGCCAAAGUGAGGCACGUGAAAUCGUUCUGUAUGGAUAUGUGAAGGCGUUAAGCAGUCAAACUCUUCUUCGGUAUCCACAGCAGUUGAUCUAAUCUGGGAGAGAAUCAUGGAUCUCGCUGUGAGGAGGAAAUCUGCGGACGGAAAUCAGUAGCUAGAGUCAAGAAUUUCUUCCACAGUUUAGUUCGAAAUGAAAACACCUGACGUUUAUGAGGGCUUCGUGUUUUGAUAAAAUACACUGUUUUGACCAGUUGUUGUGUUUUAUUUUCCAUCAAAAACUUUGGCAGUUAAGAACUUGGAAUUGAACUGACGUUUCUUGGAAGCAAAAACCUGAAACAAAGCCACAGAUUUCACCAAAUACUGUGAGGCAAAAUUAUUUUUUGUUCUUGGAAUGCUCCUCCUUGUUGGUCUCUCUUGACCAAACAUUCAAUCUCUCCAAUUAUCCUUCCACCGCUUUGGAAUAAAACAUUGAAUGUCGCACAGCCAUGUACAUGCAGCAUUUACUGAUUUAGGAGUAAUUUGGAUGUAGUCCCAGAAAAGCGCUGGUGGAAGUGGCCUUGAUUAAAAGCGUGAGAGCAAGCACAGAAGUGUAAUUUCAUGCUGAAUUCCCUGAAUUAAGCAUAUCAAUGGGGACAGAAACAGAAGAAGUGCUGUACUACAACAUUUCACAUCAAGCACAAAUUGACUUUUUUACAUACUGGAAUUCAUUUGUUUUCACGCUCCACAACAGACUUGAGAUAUGACAGUUUGGAUUUCUUCUGUUUUUUAGUUAGGUAGGAUGAAAUGGACUGUUUGAAAAGCAGAAAAACUGACAUUUUUUAAAGACUUGUGCAUGUGUCUCUGAACCAGAAAUGCGUUGAACUCAGCAGUUCUCCUACUGUGAACCCGAGUACGUUUGUUAAACUCGUUGGAUUGCGAAAGCUAACCGAACUGUCUGUGGGGAUCUGGGAUAUGCUGCUUGGCUGAAGUAGCACAGCAGUUGCUCUGAGUAGGUGAUCUGAGCGGGUUCGUGGCCUGAAGGUGUGCGGGGUCAGACGUCAGGAUGGGGUGUAACAUGUGUGUGGUGCAGAAGCCCGAGGAGCAGUACAGGGUCAUGUUCCAGAGGGGGCAGAUAAACGGCAUGCUGUGCUCUUUUAAUGGGGAGGUUGGAAUAAAGGUGAACAGUGGAGACCUGACUCGGCUCUCUCAGGAGCAGAGCCUGCAUGCGCUGCGCUGCCGGAGGAACAUGAGGUGGGGUCCGAGGAGGAAAGCAGGUGUGCCUGGAGCUGCUGGAGGGACGAUGGUAACGACUGACUGCGUGGACAGCGGGACGCAGACAGAUAUUAGCUUCCAGCACAUGGUGACAUUAGGCAGACCCGUCCAUCACAACAGACCAGCGUCACCUCCUUCCCCUCCGCUGCCGCCCAUGCCAGAGCCAUACCUCUUCAGCCAGCUCCCUCCUAUUGACCAUGUGUACUACGACCCAACGGACUACUUUGACAUUAGUCAGCAUGAGGUGGACAGACAAGAUGACCUGGAGUAUGAGGAGGUGGAACUGUAUAAAUCUUGUCAGCAAGAUAAACUGGGUUUAACGGUGUGUUAUCGCACUGAUGAUGAAGAGGAUCUGGGUAUCUACGUGGGUGAGGUCAACCCUAAUAGCAUUGCUGCUAAAGAUGGCCGAAUCCGUGAGGGAGACAGAAUACUGCAGAUCAAUGGGAUGGAUGUGCAGAACAGAGAGGAAGCUGUGGCCAUCCUGACCAGAGAGGACAGCACCAACAUCUCUCUGCUACUGGCACGACCAGAUAUUGAGAAUGAGGCUGAUGAUCUGGAUUUGGAGUUGGGCGUGGGCCUGGAUCUAGAGGACUUAGAAAAUGUCUCGAACUCACCCAGUCCUCAGCACCGAAGGAAAACCAGCUCUGUGCUGAGUGACAUCAAUGGGAUCCGAGCUGGUCGGCCCAACUUAUGGCACACUGCGCUCAAUAACAGCCAGGAGCUGGACAGCGGGGUGGGUCGCACCGAUGAAAGUACACGCUGUGAAGAGUCCUCCGAGCUGGCUGAUGAUGCCACCAGCGCAUGCACGACCAAUGCCACCAAUACCCCCGGCAGUUUGCGCAAGUUUCGCGCUGCUCAGCACGGAUGGGAAUUUCACUACAGCAACGACUCGCUGCUGGGGCCAGAUGGCGUGGGAGCGGCGGAUCACGGGGCUCCUGAAUCACUGGGCUCGGCAACGAGCAGAGCGCUGAUGCCAGGGUUAACUGAAGAGGAAUAUGAACGCUACCGAGAGCUACUGGAGAUUCGCUGCCUUUACGAGAAGAACGGAAAUGCACUUUUUCUUUUGGAUGGAAGGAACCAUGGUGGAGGUGGUGAUAUUGCAGGAGCAGGUGUUCCUGUAGACAUGAAUUGUAACGAGAGCCUGAUGCAGCACGAGAUUGCCCUUCUCGAUGAGGAAAUACGUCACCUGGAGUUUAAGUGGCGCAAUGUUUUGCGGGCUCAGAAGAUGCAGCAGUUGCGCCAACGCUGCCUAAAGGUCUGGCCAGCUGACGAAGAGGACGACGAAGAAAAAGGAGCAAAGGCAAGGUGUGGAGGUGCAGAGGCAAUCCACCAUGAUCUAUCAGAUAUCAACGAGAUCCCAGAAAGGGAACGCUCUGAUAAAGAGAGCACAAGCGCUUAUAAUACCGGCGGGGAAAGUUGCAGAAGCACGCCUUUGGCAAGUGAGCGAUACCCUUCGCCGUCUGCGGCCGGAGACUCCAGUGCCUCUGCAACCAUGCGACCUCGGACGCCCCGUCACAGAACAAGCACAAGUAGGGACAAGAAUCUUAACGUACCAUCGGAUGCCAAGAAAAAGAGUGAAGAAACAGCGGACAACAAAAGCUCUACUCCAGCAAGGCUUCGCUCGCUAUCCCGGAAUGGCGGGAGUAGUAGAAAGGGCUUGGAUGGAGCUCGAAGGGGGUCCCACGCAAACGGGACUCUCACCACCGGGAUUGUGAAAGGGGGAAGGAGUGCAGAAAACAGUCCAUACCUGUCCCGUCGCCACUGCAGUACCACGCUGCCUCAACGCUACCAGAGUUGCAUGCAGUUAAGGGACAUGUCUACAAACGACAGUCCAGAAGUUAGGGACGCCAGUGAAGAGGUUCCUUCUCACUCCAAUACCUUAACUAGAGACUCCACAACUGAUCCUGCAACUUCUUUGAUUAUACCUCCUCCACUGCCUCCAUCUUCACCUCGAAUGGAGUGGAAAGUAAAGAUCCGCAGCGACGGCUCGCGUUAUGUCGCCAAACGCCCGGUAAGAGAUCGUUUGCUGAAGGCUCGUGCCAUGAAGAUUCGAGAGGAGCGCAGUGGGAUGACCACGGACGAUGAUGCAGUCAGUGAAAUGAAGAUGGGACGCUAUUGGAGCAAGGAGGAGCGUAAGCAGCAGCUGCUGAGAGCUCGCGAGCAGCGGCGACGCCGUGAGUUCAUGAUGCAGAGCCGACUGGACUUCUUGCGGGAGAAAGAGAAGGAACAAGACUCCGGACCUCAAGGACAGGCUUCCAUACUUGAGCUGAGCCAGAAAAAGAGUAUGAAGAAACGUAGCCGACGCAUCCUGGACAACUGGAUCACCAUUCAGGAGCUCCUGGCACAUGGGACCCGUUCUGUAGAUGGGAAGAAAGUAUACAACCCUUUGCUAUCCGUGACCACUGUUUAAUAAUUGGUGUGAAUUGAGACCUUUUAACAAGGAAAAAGUAAAGAUCACAGAGUUUACCAAUUAUUUGCGACUGUCUGACAAAGAUGCCUUGCAGUUUAAUCAAGAAAUGUUGAUGAUGAAUAUAAAAUGUACAAGACAGAAAGGCUAAUGGAAAAUGAAUGUCAAUUUUUCAUAAUUAACAUGAACUCUGGGAGCAUCUCUCUGUUCCUAUACUGCUUUGAUGCUUGAAUCUCAGACUGUUACAAUGAAGUGGUGGUCUUGAGCAUUUCCAAACCUGAUUAAAACAUUCAUUUCUUUCAUAAACACUUUUCAAUCUGAGAACCUUUCAUAAGAGAAAAAGAGAAAAAAAGUUCAGGGGCCUAUUGUUUGAACUGACUAGUAGUCAUCUAUAUUUUUUCAAGACUAGUCAUAACUUUUUAAUGUCACAACUGAAGUUAAGAAGCAUAUUAACAUAUUGGCAGUGUUUAUGCAACUGGCCCCAGAUCUCAUGAAAAUAUAAAAAAAAAAUGCACUUCCAUAAUGUACUUAAAGUGCUCUAUUUUUGCGCACUAAUUUUGUACUUAAUA